AUGUCGUUCUUCAUUGACAAUCCCAAUGUCGGCAACGCUGAAAAACCCGAAGACCACCGCAUCCGCGGUUACAACCCAUUGACACCUCCAAACCUGCUUCAACAUGAAAUCGCCCAAACCGACAAGUCCAAGGCCACCGUGCUGCAGGGCCGUACUGAGGCCGCCGCAGUCGUCCAAGGCACCGAUCCCCUGAACCGUCUGCUCGUGAUCAUCGGCCCCUGCUCGAUCCACGACCCCGAAAUGGCACUCGAAUACUGCGACCGACUUCUCAAGCUCAAGGAGAAAUACCAAGACACGCUCCUGAUCGUCAUGCGCUCGUACCUGGAAAAGCCACGCACCACAGUCGGCUGGAAGGGGCUCAUCAACGAUCCGGACAUCGACAAUAGUUUCAAGAUCAACAAGGGCCUGCGCACCUCGCGCCAACUGUUUGUCGAUCUGACCAACAAAGGCAUGCCGAUUGCGAGCGAGAUGCUGGAUACCAUUACGCCGCAGUACACUGCCGACUGUCUGUCGCUCGGAGCCGUGGGCGCGCGCACUACCGAGUCUCAGGUGCACCGAGAGCUGGCCUCGGGCUUGUCCUUCCCUGUCGGGUUCAAGAACGGCACUGACGGAUCUCUGGAAGUUGCGAUCGAUGCAAUUGGCGCAGUCAAACACCCCCAUCACUUCCUCUCUGUCACAAAACCUGGUGUUGUCGCCAUUGUCGGAACCGUCGGUAACGAGGACUGCUUUGUGAUUCUGCGGGGUGGUAAAAAGGGAACCAACUUCGACGCCAAAAGCAUUGCUGAGUCAAAGGAGAAGCUGAUCUCAAGCGGCCUGAAACCGCGUCUCAUGGUGGACUGCUCUCACGGAAACUCGCAAAAGGACCACAAGAAUCAGCCCAAGGUGGCCGCCGUGCUGGGCGAGCAGAUUUCUGCGGGCGAGGAUGGUAUUAUGGGAGUCAUGAUUGAAAGUAACAUCAACGAAGGCAACCAAAAAGUUCCGCCAGAGGGCAAAGCCGGCCUCAAGUACGGCGUCAGCAUCACUGAUGCCUGCAUCAACUGGGAAGACACCGAGACAGUGCUCGAAGGGCUGGCACAAGCUGUUGCAAAACGCCAACAGCUGCAUUCUGCGCAGUGA